GAGAGAGAUCAAGGAUCGAUAGAUACAUGGAAGGGAUUGUUCAUCGGACGGUCGAGAUCAACGGGAUCGCCAUGCACGUGGCCGAGAAGGGUCCCGUGGACGGGGCGGGGACGGGGAUACUACUCCUGCACGGGUUUCCGGAGCUCUGGUACUCGUGGCGGCACCAGAUCGUCGGCCUCGCCGCCCGUGGGUACCGCGCCAUCGCGCCCGACCUCCGCGGGUACGGCGACACAUCGGCCCCGCCGUCGGUAAACUCCUACACCGUUUUCCACAUCAUCGGCGACGUCAUCGCCCUCCUCGACGCCCUCGAACUCCCUCAGGUGUUUGUGGUGGGGCACGAUUGGGGCGCUCAAAUUGCGUGGACCCUGUGCAUGAUUAGACCGGACCGAGUGAAGGCGCUGGUGAACACGAGCGUGGCGCACAUCCCUCGCGACCCCUCCGUGAGCCUGGUCCACCAUUUCAAGCACCUCUACGGGGAUAACUACUACGUGUGCCGAUUCCAGGAGCCAGGAGUUGCAGAAGCUGAAUUCGCAAAAGUUGGCACGAAGAAUGCCCUCAGAAUGAUGGUGACGUUGCGCGAUCCGCAGCAAUCUUUUGUAACCCACAAAGAUUGGCAUUCAACCGGCGAAGAGAUCGCGUUACCGUCUUGGCUCUCGGAGGAGGACCUCGACUACUAUGCGAGCAAGUUCGAGAAAACCGGUUUUACUGGCGGGAUAAACUAUUAUAGAUGCCUGGACCUGAACUGGGAGCUGACAGCACCAUGGGCAGGGGCAAAAAUACAAGUGCCAACAAAGUUCAUUGUUGGAGACCUGGAUCUCACAUACCACUACCCAAACAUACAAGAUUACAUACACAAGGGUGGGUUCAAGAAUGAAGUCCCCUUGCUUGAGGAAGUAGUUGUUUUGGAGGGAGUUGGGCACUUCAUCCAGCAGGAGAGGGCAGAGGAAGUCACUGAUCACAUCUACAACUUCAUCAAGAAGUUCCAGUAGUGCAUAAUUUAGUAGUAGCCCUUUCAAAAGUGCUUCUCCAUCAUGAAUGGGUGAGACUAAUUAGUUUGUGUUCUGCAUAAUCAAACAGCAUUGCUGUGAAGUAUCUGCUGUGUCUUU